AUGGGUGUUAAUGUCAGAUUGGUUUGUAUUUGUACAGACUCUGGGCCGGUGGUUGUUCUGAAGCAUGGCAGUGUCCGUGGGCAAUAUAUGAAAGUUAAAGGCUCAGAAAAGGUGGUGGAGCAGUAUUUGGGUGUUCCUUUUGCCCAGCCACCUGUUGGCCCCCUCCGCCUGGCUGCACCUGGUCCUGUACAGGGAUGGGAGGGCAUAAGAAAUGCCACCCAGCACCCAUCUAUGUGCCUUCAAAACCCAGGUAUUCUGCCUAUAGUAGCAAAAUCCAUGAAGUUGGAUUUCACACCAACAUGAGUCUCAGAGGACUGUCUGUGUCUGAAUGUUUACACUCCUUCUCAAAGAUCAGAAUCAGAUAAACUUCCAGUAAUAGUCUGGAUUCAUGAAGGGGGUCUGGUCGUGAGUGGAGCAUGCAUGUAUGACGGAUCCCCGUUAGCGGCCUAUGAGAACAUAGUUGUGGUUGUCAUUCAGUACCGACUUGGAAUAUUAGGAUACUUCAGCACAGGAGAUAAGAAUGCUCAAGGUAACUGGGGUUUCCUAGACCAGAUUGCUGCUUUACAGUGGGUGCAGCAAAACAUUGAGGGUUUUGGAGGAGACCCCCAGUCUGUCACUAUAGCUGGGGAGUCUGCAGGAGGAAUCAGUGCCUCUUUUCUGUCAUUGUCACCCAAGACCAAGGGUCUGUUUCAGCGGGCCGUCUUUAACAGUGGAGUAGCAACUGUGAUGGGCUACUCUGUCAAAGAGCCUCUGAUGUUUGCCAAGGAGGUAGCAAAUGUUACUGAAUGUGACUUCAGCUCUAAUGAAGUGCUGACCAAACGAAAAGAACUGACUGAGGAACAAAUCAUCGAUGCAGCUAAAAAUAAACACAUUUUCCCUGGAGCAACAGUUGAUGGGGAAUUUCUUAAAGCUCAAUCAGUGGAGGUACUAAAGAGCAAAGACUUCCAGAAAGUUCCGAUUCUUGUCGGAAUAACAAACCAUGAAUUUGGAUGGAUCAGUCCUUAGCCCCAGAAGACUGGGUAAAAGAGAUGGACACAAAAACAAAAAAACAAAUUUUGGACAUUUUUAACAAAGAUGGAACGCCAGGAGUCAAUGAAAUCAUAGCAGAAGAAUACCUAAAAAAUGCUAAAACUCCAGAGGACAUUCGUGAUGCAUUUACUGAGAUGCUGGGGGAUCUUUUUAUGGUGAUUCCCUCCAUUACGGUUGCAUUAUACCACAGGGAUGCUGGAGUGCCUGUGUAUAUGUAUGAAUUCCAGCACCUGCCAAGUGUAUACCAAGAUCUCGGACCCAGCUUUGUGAAAGCUGACCAUGGUGAUGAUACUGGAUGAUACUAUGCAGAACCGUCAUGGGAUACUGGGCGAACUUUAUUCGCACUGAGUAACACCAGUUGCUGGACAGAGCAUUAAUGAUGAUCCUAUAUUCCUUAAAUAAUUAUUUCAUUUCCACAGAUCACCAAAUGGUCCCAGUCUGGUGCACUGGCCUGUGUACGACAAGACUAAUAAAUACAUGAACCUGGGAUUGCAGCAAACUGAGGGACAGGAUCUAAAGAUGGACAAGCUGCUCUUUUUCACUGAAGAAUUACCUAAAAAGCUUGCAGCACUCCACAAAGCCUAAUUAGUUAUUUCACCAACAAACACAAUGCUUCUACUAUAAAUAAAAUCUAAUUUGCUCA